AAACAAACCUCUAUAUUAAUAAAGUAAUAAGAAACCUAAACAAUAAAAUUAAAGAGUUAUAAAAUACAUAACACUAAAAUAUAAAUUGUAUAUUUAAAUUUAUAUAAUAAUAUCAAAAUUAAAUAUUUAUAAAAUGAAAAUAUACCCGCACGGUGUGCGGGAUAAACUAUAGUUAUAUGUUAGUUUGACUUUGAUAUAAUACUUUCGUUUGGCAAAAUGAAUUUACACGUUACGACCAUUUGGAUGAUACAACUACUUGCUCUACAUUUAGAUUAAUAAAUAUGCGACAACGUGUAACGGACUACUAUUGUGUCUUGUAUAAUUCAUGCUGCGAAACUAAUCAGUUAAAUGAGAUUUGUUUUUAGGAACAGAUGCGGAAGUACCACCAACAUCUAUUAUAUCUAAUACUUUGUGUAGUUUUCAAAAUGCAACUGCUUACAUGCACGUAGUGUAAACAAACUAAUUUAGUAUUAUUUGGAAUUUAAAAUGAUUUGACUUAUGAAUAUUUAAUAAUUUUAUAAAGAAACUGUUAUGAUUCCUUGUUGAAAUUUUCAAAAUAGUACUUGGAACCACGUAUUUAAGAUGUUAUUUGUGAAUGUCAAAUCAACAUUCAGCUGAAAAAUCCUAACAAUUGACAUUUCAGCUCGAGGCAAAUCCAAACAUUUGGACAUUUCAUCUCGAGGCGAAGACUGUUCAAAAGGUAACUUGGGACACAAGAAUUCUAACAGCUAGCUAAGUUAACAAGAUUUUAUUUAUCUUCUUCUUCCUCUUCUAAGUUGUUGUACGUACAAAGUGGUUAUGGGAUGGGAACUUGGUCCUGACUGGACGGAGUUGACUCAAGAAUGUCUCCUCGACAUCUUCUCACGGCUGAGCCUAGAAGAAAGAUGGACCGGACCGAUGUUCGUCUGCAAGACUUGGAUGAACGGGUGCCAAGACCCGUCGCUCAACUUGGUCUUCGAUCUCGAAACCAAAUUCCAGUCUCUCCCUGGUUCUCUCAGCUGUUGGUGGAGUCCCGAGUUCGAGGACAAAAUAGAUUCUGUCCUCCGGUCUGUUGUUAAUCGGAGCGAAGGCGGUCUAAAGGAGGUUCGAAUCAGACAUUGUACGGAUAGCUCUAUCUCGUACGUCGCCGAGAGGUGUCCUAAUCUCGAGGUACUUUCGGUUAAGUAUUGCCCUAAGGUUACAGAUGACUCGAUGUUGAAGAUAGCUUUAAUGUGCCCUAAUCUCAAAGAACUUGAUAUUAGCUUCUCCUACAAAAUAUCUUGUGUGUGUGUGGAUAUGGUUGGCAAGAACUGCAAGAACAUUCAGACUUUUAAACGGAAUUUGAUGGAUCCAGCCGAGGUCAUGAAAUCUGUGCCUAGUAACUAUAUGGAAGACCCAUCUAUCUUCUUGAUCUAUGGGAAUAUUGAUGCUUAUGUAAUUGGGAAACACAUGCAUCAGCUGAAGCACCUGGAACUUCGAUUCUCCACUUUGUCUGAUAAUGGUCUUGCCCAACUUUGUGAAGGAUGUUUGAAUCUAGAGUAUCUGGACUUGUUUGGGUGUAGUAAGUUGACUAACGAUGGUGUUACUAACAGUAUCUCAAACUUAAAGCAUUUGAAGGUGAUCAAGAUACCAAGUUUCCCAGCCUUUACUAUUUGAUCAAGUUUGUUGCUACGUUUUUGUUUUCUUGUAUUUUAUUUUGUAAUUUUCGUGUGGCAACAACUGACAAACUCAACAAAAGAAUUGUUAGGCUCUAUGCUCAUAUUUUAAAUCCAUAUGAAAAUAAUUAUCUUAUAUUAUUUUCUC